CUCAAACUCUCAUAUCACCAAAACCAAAAGAAGAGACCUAUUCAAUUCCUCUGACACUUUCUCAUGUUCUUGUCCUUCUUCCAUCACACUCUCACUUUCUUCUUCACACUUCUCCCUCUUUAUAGGAAACAAACACAAAACAUCCUCAACCUUGUCUCUCAACUUUGGUCCUAAAAACUCAUCCUCUACAAAAAUGGGCAAUCAAAAACUUGAAACCCAUCAUCAAUUUUACAACCACCAUCCCAAAAACACAUUCCUUCCAAUGCUAUGUUCCAAACCCUCCAUCAAAGAAGUGAAUCUCCCAAGAUGUAGAAUCAAUCCAUCUUCUUCUUGCAAUGACCCUUUAUCACCAAGAAUAGGUUGCAUGGGUCAAGUCAAAAGAAACAACAAAAUUGCUGGAUUUCCAUCUUCACAAUACAAACUACUUAAUUUCAACAACAAAACCAUUUCUAGUUCCAUUAUUUCACCUGUUGUCAAAUACUCCAAACUCAAAAAACUUUUCUCUGGUAAGAAUCUUAUUAGCACCCCCUCAGUUACUUCUGCCACCACCAUAACCAAACAAAGAGUUAUAGGCAAUAAUAGUAAUAUUCAAAAGUGUGUUAGGAAUGAGAAUGUUGUUGUUGGCAUAAGAAUUGAUGAAAUGGAUCCUCCUUUGCCUGUGAUCAAGAGAGUGAAUAAGAUGGAAGAAGGAAGCAAAGGUGAUAACAGUCUUUGGAAAAGAAGAUCAGGAUCAAGUGGUGUUCCAUUGAGAAGUUUACAGCUUCAACAGAUUCAAGUUAAAUCCAAAGAUUUGUAUUCAACCUACAACUGUUUGAUGAGAUUCAUUUUCACAUGAGAUAGAUCUAGAGUUUUUUUUUUCUUUUCAGAAUUUUUACUUAGAUCAGAAUCAUAUAUAAUGUAAAUUGUUUUUUCAUCUUUUUUUUUUUUAAAGUUUUCUGAGCUUCCAAUUAUGAAGAAUCAUGUUUUGAUUUCUUGAACAUCUCACAUGGCGUGAUCAGAACAUUGUGAUCAUAUUUGUCUAUAUUUUUUCUUGAGGAAAAUUGAACAUGGGUCAAAGUCAAAUUUUAACAAAAUCAAUGUUGCUGAAUUAAUUUAAUUUUUGUUCAAACAGUGUAAAUAAUUAAAAAAUAGUUUGAAAAACUUACACAUGUUAUAAGUCAGUU